AUGGACGUAGCACUGGGGAGGGAGUACAAUGCCGAAAACGGCGUCAUACGAGACGCGUCGCGGUCGAGGGCCAGCGGAUUUGUAAUGAACGGCGUGAAAGAUGCGCGCUCGUACAAAGGAAAGUUCUUUGCGACAGGCGGGGGCUUCGGUUUUGUCUCGGCGCGGAGUCGCCGGCGUCGGGCGCUCCCCAGGGUGACAUUAGGCGGGAAGGUCGACGGAACGCACUCCCGA